AUGGCGCCAUCCCCCAAGGAAUCUCCUGAAGAAUCCCCACCUGCUCCAUCAGGAUCAAAUUCAUCACAAGAUAGCUCUUCACCAUCCAAAAACUCACAAUCACAAUCACCAUCACAAUCACAAUCACAAUCAUCGUCUCUGCCUCCCCUGCCGGAAAAAACAUCUGGUCGUAAAACAGAUAGUCAAGAUAGUCAAUCCUAUCCUCCUCCUUCUCCUCCUCCUCCUCCUGCAAAGAAGAAAAGUGGAAAUACUCACUCCUCUCCACGUUCUUCUAAUUCUCACAAAACUAAUGGCAACAAGCAAGUUGGUUCUUCUGGCAAAACACCAUCCUCAAAUUCAUCUGAAAACGACAUGGACACAGAAAUCAUUAUAAUAGCAGCUGUGUUUGUAGGAUUGGUGCUCCUUUCUAUGAUCAUCUGUAUAAUAUGUUGCUGCUGGAAGAGGAGGAAGAAAUCCAAAGAGAUGUACUAUGAUGAAUCUAAAGCCGGCGGUAAAAAUUAUAACAACCAUCAGAAUUCUCCGUGGGUUCAUAGUGGGAAAGUGCCAGAGCAUGCUGUACAUGUACCCUCACCGUCAGGAGGUGGUGGUGGCAUGGGCGGUAGCUGGGGUGUACCACCACCGUUUUAUAGCAGCGAAGCAAGCUCCCAGUUCUCCGGCCCACACCAUCCUCCUCCUUUGCCACCUCUGUCACCAACUAUGGCUCUUGGAUUCAAUAAGAGCACUUUCACUUAUGAGGAGCUGCUUGCUGCUACAAAUGGAUUUUCUCAGGCCAAUCUGAUUGGUCAAGGUGGGUUCGGAUUCGUGUAUAAAGGCGUCUUACCGAACGGAAAGGAGGUUGUGAUUAAAACUUUAAAAACCGGUAGCGGACAAGGAGAGAGAGAAUUCCAAGAUGAAGUUGAAAUAAUUAGCCGUGUUCACCAUCUCUAUCUUGUGUCACUAGUUGGAUAUUGCAUUGCCGGUGGGCAGCGGAUGUUGGUGUAUGAUUUUGUUCCAAAUAAAACCUUGGAGUAUCAUCUCCAUGGCCAUCCUCGCAUUAUUCAUCGCGAUAUCAAAGCGGCUAAUAUUCUGCUUGAUAACAACUUUGACGCCAUGGUUGCUGAUUUUGGAUUGGGUAAGUUGUCAUUUGAUAACUACACUCAUGUCUCGACACGGGUGACAGGAACAUUCGUGUACUUGGCUCCAGAGUAUGCCUCGAGCGGCAAGUUAACAGAUAGAUCCGAUGUUUUCUCAUUUGGGGUCACGCUUUUAGAACUCAUAACUGGAAAACAACCAAUUGAUGUUACAAUGGACGACAGCUUAGUAGAUUGGGCUCGACCACUUUUGGCUCGUGCACUAGAAGAUGGCAACUUUGAUGAGCUGGUUGAUCCGCGGUUGAGGAAGAACUACAACCAUAAAGAAAUGCAACGCAUGAUAGCCAGCGCUGCUGCAAGCAUCCGACAUUCGGCGAGAAAGCGCCCGAAAAUGAGCCAGAUAGCGCGUAUACUGGAAGGAGACUCAUCCCUGGAUAGCCUGAAUGAGGGAACAAAGCCAGGGCAAAGCACAAUUUUUGGAGUCAGUGGAGAGUACAACAGCAGUUUAUACAAUGCUGACAUGCAGAGGUUCAGACAAUUGGCAGUUGGCAGCCAAGAAUUCGAGAGCAGCGAGUACGGAACUUCCAGCGGGGACAACUCAAGAGAGAUGGGACCCGGAGGGAUGAGAUAG